UCAGCAACAAGCACUCGUUGAAGAUGGCAAGAAGGCAAUUUGUGUUCGUUUUGGUGUUGGCGAGCGUAUUAGCAGUUGGUUUUUGCGAUGAAGAUCAGCAACCAAAAGGAGAGCGGGAAAAUUAUAAAAGAUCCCUUGAUAAGGAAUGCGCAUCUUCUUAUUCCAUUACCUGUUUUAAAUUGGACGUUGUAAAUUGGGUUGAAAAAUUGAAUAACCAAGAAGACCUCAAUGUUUUACCCGGAGUUAGUCUUGUAAGGGAAUCUCGUGCAAAGGCCAAUGAAGAGAUUGUUGCCGAAGUUGCCAGGGAAUUCCCUAACGAUCCUGAUGCAAGACUUGACGCAUUUUUGAUGAACAAAGUUUCCAACUACUUGGGCACCCAUUCUAUUAAAUUAAACCUUUUCGACCCAAACACCGCUAGGAAAGGUGAUGGCAUCGGGGGAGGCGGCAAGAAAGGAGGUGGAAUGGGAAUGCUUUUAGCUGCUGGUGCUAUGAUGAAAGGAACCUUAAUGGCUGUAGCAAUGGCCGCUUUAGCAGCGUUAGCUGGAAAAGCUUUAAUGACAGCGUUGAUUUCUUUGAUGUUAUCGGCCAUCAUUGGAUUAAAAUCAUUGACAAGCGGAGGAGGAAAACAAACCACGUACGAAGUCAUCACCAAACCAAUUUACAGCCACGGUAGCAGUCAUUCCAGUUCACACGAAGAUUAUGGUGGACACGGCCACUCUUCCUAUGGAAGAAGUUUCGAUAUGCCAUUACCACUGGGGUUACAACCAGAUUAUCAACCCUACAAACCUUAAUAGCAUAAAAAAAUUACCAGUUUUGAA